CCAGUCAACCACCCCUUGAAACACUCACAAUCAUUAGACUUGUUUUUGGAGUUUUAAAUUGCAACUGUACAAGUGAUAGUGAACCAAAAGGUGAGCAGUGAGAGUACACUAUGCGGACGAUACUCCUAGCACGUCUCCAUUCCCACAACCAGAACCCACCAUUUUCGCCCUCUCCUUAAACCUCCCUUAACUCCCUCCUCUUUCUCUCUCCUCUUUCCGAAUGUUGUCCUAAUCACUGCUCAGAUCAAUUCAUCAUUCAUCUUUCUUCAAUUUCAAUCCAAAAUGCGGUUCGUCAAAUCAUUGCAUGUAUUCAAAUCAAAUGAUUUCGGUUUCAAGAAUUUCAUCUUUUCAUCAUCAUUUUUCAAGAGUAAUUUCAAUUUAGGGUUAGGGAUUAAUGGUAGUAGUAGGAGUAUUGUGACUAGCUGUAGAGCAGUGCUUUUGCCUCAUUUUGGCGGUCCUCAAGUUCUUGAGCUUCGUGAUGAUGUUGAUGUUCCUGAUCUUAAGCCUAAUCAGGUCCUUGUUCGUGCUCGUGCCGUCUCCAUUAAUCCUCUCGAUCUUCGGAUGCGAGAAGGCUACGGUCGAUCAGUGUUUGAGCCUCUACUUCCCCUCAUUCUAGGUCGUGAUGUUAGUGGAGAAGUUGCUGCAGUUGGAAGUUCAGUUCGAUCAGUUAGUGUAGGUGAAGAGGUUUUUGGGGCAUUGCAUCCAACAGCCCUCAGGGGUACAUAUGCUGACUAUUCCAUCUUUCCGGCCGAAGAAAUUGCAAAAAAACCAGCUGCCAUGAGCCAUGUGGAUGCUUGUGCGAUUCCCUUUGCUGCACUUACUGCAUGGCGUGCUCUUAAAAGUACUGCUAGAAUUACGUCAGGGCAAAGAGUGUUAAUAAUUGGUGGUGGAGGAGCAGUUGGUUAUUCUGCAAUCCAGCUAUCAGUUGCAGCUGGUUGCCAUGUAACGACAACUGUUGGUGGGGAGAGUAUUGAACGCGUUUUGGCUGUUGGUGCUGAGAAGGCGGUUGACUAUACCACUGAGGAUUGUGAAUUAGCAAUUAAAGGGCACUUUGAUGCUGUUUUGGAUACUAUUGGUAUACCUGAGACUGAAAGACUAGGUGUAAAUCUUCUGAGGAAAGGUGGAUAUUACAUGACUUUGCAGGGAGAGGCAGCAUCCUUGUCUGAUCACUAUGGUUUGGCUAUUGGUCUUCCUAUGGCUUCAGCCCUUUUGCUGAAAAAACUAAUGAUGUAUCGGUACUCACAUGGAAUAGAGUAUAUUUGGACAUUUAUGAGAGCUGAUUCUGAAGGUUUACAAGAGAUCUGCAGGUUGGCUGGACAUGGGAAGCUGAAUGUGCCUGUCGAAAAGACAUUCCCAAUAGUACAAGUGAGAGAAGCCCAUGAGGCCAAAGAAAAAAGGAUUGUUCCUGGAAAAGUAGUGCUUGAAUUUGACUGAUUGCUCAUGGUCAUUUCUAUAGCUUUGUACUGCUUUUUUUUUUUUUUUUUUCCCCCUUCCUGAGUAAGCAAAAAGAACCAAAUGAAAAUUUACACUGCGGACCUUGAUUUCUAUAAGUUCUAUGAAAAAGUACACAUCCAAGUGUAAAUAAUACUUGUGUACAAAUGUAAAUACUACUUGUGUUGGUGUGUCAAACCAGUAAGAGAAGGCUUUUGCAAAAUACUAAUGGUUGUUUUCUGUUGGCAAACUGAAUAUAAAGCAGUUGGUAGAUCUGUUGAUUAUGAAUGAGCCCUCAGAAGGAAAAGCAGGUUAUCUGUGUAUGAGCUCUCAAACAAACUUGGAUCAAUGUAAGACAUUUUCAUCUUAA